UGCUGAGUGAGAGUGUGUCGGGGACGCGCCUCCUGCAUUCGCUUGCCCUGUGCGCGGCCCCGCGCUCGUCUCUCCUAGCUUAUCCCACCGCAGUGUAGCGGGGCUUCUAGAAGAGGAAUGUACUGAGGAAAAACAUGGCGGAGCUGCAGAUGCUGCUGGAGGAGGAGAUCCCCGGCGGCCGGCGGGCCCUUCUGGACAGCUAUACCAAUUUGGAGCGGGUGGCAGACUACUGCGAGAACAACUACAUCCAGUCUGCAGAUAAGCAAAGGGCUCUAGAAGAAACCAAAGCCUAUACGACCCAGUCCUUAGCUAGUGUGGCUUAUCUCAUAAACACCUUAGCCAACAAUGUCCUUCAGAUGCUGGAUAUUCAAGCUUCUCAACUCAGGAGGAUGGAGUCCUCGAUCAAUCAUAUAUCACAGACAGUGGAUAUCCACAAGGAAAAAGUUGCAAGACGAGAAAUUGGCAUCUUGACAACUAACAAAAACACUUCUAGAACGCACAAAAUUAUUGCUCCAGCAAAUUUGGAGAGGCCUGUUCGCUACAUUCGAAAGCCCAUUGACUACACGAUUCUUGAUGACACCGGACAUGGAGUUAAGUGGUUGCUAAGAUUUAAGGUCAGUACACAGAACAUGAAGAUGGGAGGUUUGCCACGCACUACACCGCCAACUCAGAAACCGCCUAGCCCGCCGAUGACUGGCAAAGGGACCCUUGGGCGACACUCACCCUAUCGCACAUUGGAGCCUGUGCGGCCCCCUGUCGUUCCAAAUGACUAUGUACCCAGCCCCACACGUAACAUGGCUCCCUCACAGCAACAGAGCCCUCUUAGAACAGCUUCAGCCAACCAGAGGAACCGCACAUACAGCAGCAGUGGCAGUAGUGGCGGCAGCCAUCCUAGUAGUCGGAGCAGUAGUCGAGAGAACAGUGGAAGUGGUAGCGUGGGCGUUCCAAUUGCUGUCCCCACUCCAUCUCCUCCAAGUGUCUUUCCAACCCCUGCUGGCUCAGCUGGCACUCCUCCCAUCCCUGUUACCUCCACUCCUGCCCCUAUCCCUCAUGCUCCUGCUGCUGCCCCUUCCUCCUCAACUACCCCAGAUGCUACUGCAGGAGCCCAAUCCCCUGCUGCUGAUGGUUUCACCUCUCCAACUCCCCCUGCUGUUUCCUCUGCUCCUCCUACAGGCCAUCCUGCUCAGUUUUACAGUAUGAACAGACCAGUGUCUCGGCACACUCCGCCAGCCAUAGGAGGCUCUCUUCCAUAUCGACGUCCUCCAUCAAUGACCUCACAGCCAAGCCUUCAGAACCAGAUUAAUGGAGGGCCUUUUUAUAGCCAAAAUCCGGAUAGACCACCUGUUCUUUUCUGUGGAAUGCUUGUCAGACUGGUUAACAAAAGGGACAUGAAGCAGCCAGCAAUUGCAAGAAAUGUGAGGGUGAAAAAAGUGCUAGUGUCACAUGCUCCUCCACCCCCUUCUAUACUACAGGUAACUCCACAGUUACCUCUGAUGGGAUUUGUGGCGAGAGUUCAAGAAAACAUUACUGAGACUCCACCUCCUCCAGAAGAGCCUGUAUUUGAUGAAUCUCCGCCACCGCCUCCGCCCCCAGAAGACUACGAAGAGGAGGAAGCUGCGGUAGUAGAGUACAGUGAUCCAUAUGCUGAAGAAGAUCCACCUUGGGCACCAAGGACCUACUUAGAGAAGGUUGUGGCAAUUUAUGAUUAUUCAAAAGACAAAGAAGACGAGCUCUCAUUUCAGGAAGGCGCCAUCAUCUAUGUCAUUAAGAAGAACGACGAUGGGUGGUACGAGGGAGUCAUGAAUGGGGUGACAGGGCUUUUCCCAGGCAACUACGUGGAGUCAAUCAUGCACUAUUCUGAAUGAUAACCCAACAUACAUGUCCCUGAACAGAACCAUUGAGGCUUCCUUGACUUCCAUGAGCCCCCCGGGUAGGGGGGCACCUAAUAAACUGAGGAGCAUCGUUGUCAUUUGAGCCACUUAUUUUUUUUUUUUUGCUCUUUGUUUCUGACCAUUGAAAGAAAUAGUGAUACAAGUUGUUCGAUCAAAUGUGAUCUUCCUGCUGCUCCAGAGCAGUUCUGGUUAACGGACUUUAUUUUGUUGGACUCAGAAUAUCUUAAAAGAAAUGAAUGGGUCUAUGACAUUUAUGAGCUCAACUUCACCCUUAUUCCACACAAUAUUGUGCUCAUGUGUAUGUAUCUAGAGUAAAGAUUUGAUUUCUGCCAGUGUCAAUUAUGUAGUGUAUUAAUUCUAAAUAUGUGCAGGGUUGUAUAAAGGCGCUAACCACUUUCCGCUGUUAGGGGGUAUGAUUGGGUCAGUCGGGUUUACCUUGAGCACACCAAAGAACUUUUUACAACAGGAGCCCAAGACAAGGGUCCAGAUCUCUUCCUCUGAGUUUUCAUAGAAUUGGAGACCUAGAUCUUUAAACUGGCAGCUCUCAUCUAGAUUGAGUACCCCAAAGACGCACAGUGAUGGCCAUUCUUUAUGGUUCCUACUUUUAGGCCUUAUUCACACAUUACAAAUAACUGUGCAAAAUACUCACCAAGUAUGCAAACAUCAAGAACUAGAUCUCAAACACAGCGGGCAUGUAAUGGAAAGAUUUUGUCUAAAACUGCAAUGUGUGGAUGAAGCCUAAAUUGUAGAAUGUCUUCUGCAAGACACGCAGCUCACAUAAAAUGAAUGUACAGCCUAAAAUGAUUGCCGAAACAGAAGCUAUGACCUGCCCCUUAGUAUUUAUCAGAUGAGCAUUCCAGUUUAUCUCCCCAGAGCUUUCUUGCAGGAUUACAGAUUCAGGUAACAACAAUUUUACUGUAUGAUGUGGGAACCCGAAUAUACGCUAUGAAGGUCACGACCUUAUAGGUUCACCUGCUUUCAUUGUGCCUCUGGCCAUUUGUUGCAGCGCUCCCGCUACUGUAGAGACAAUGGUAAAGAUUUGCGGGAAAAAAAAAAAAAAAAAAGACCUGGCGGUACUUGCUAGUGGUUUAUCUACAUCUUGCCAGUUGUGCGCGGUCUAGCAGUAAUCUCAGGAAUCAUUUGUCUUUAUCCUUCUUUGGACUAAAUUCAUUGCUGGUGGCUGUGGAAGCCUAAACUUCUUGUCAAGUAUUAAUGAAUCAUCCUUCCCAGGAAAUAGGAAACGGCUUGUUGACUAUACUUCUUCAGAAUGGCUUUCUAGGUUAUCAUGUCUGUGUAAUUUCAUUACCUGUGCAGUAUUUCUAGCCAGAACAGACCUGCAUCUUCCAGAUUAGCUGGCUUAUGCUGGGGACACUGGGCAGGAGAUUUGAGGCGUUCAGAGGGGAGCAUGCGCUGUAUAUUAUGCCCUGCAGCGAUUGAGCACACAAUUGUCUGGAAAUAGUCAUUCCUUCCUGACAAUUGCCUGCUCCUUAGUGGAGGUGAAGCGCUGUAUUUUCAUGUGUUUUGCUCGUUCAUUGGCUGAUCUGCAGCUCCUUUUGAUGUGCUGAUUAGCGGGAAUGAGCAUUUGUAGGAACGUUCGUCCCCUAUAAUCUGUUCGACAAUUGGGCAGUGUAAACUUGUCUUAAGAAUUUGAGCCUGUCUAUGUAAUAUGUGACAGGGAGAGUCCUAACAGCACAAGCAGAUCUAUGAGAAACCACUGCUGAUAUACCGAUGUAACAUGGUUAGCACUCCUUUUUUCUGAGAUUUCUGAGUUUGGUUAUCUGAUCUAAGCAAACACCUUCAAUUGCUUUUUAAUGGCUUUUGUCUCAAGAUAAUGAAAUGAGUUAACUCAAAUUUCUUAACAGCGGGAGUGCUAGCCAUGGUACAUCUGUAGCUGUAUAAUUACAUGCAUAUGGGAUAUUGGCAAGAAUAAUGUACUACUUCAUGUGGCCUCCAGUGGUAAUCUACUGCUAGAGCAAGGUUUGACGAUUUGCAUGUCAUUGGAGGUGACAUUUUCCAUACGCAGGUAGAAUGGCAAUUAUGCUGACUUAGAACAUAAUACUUAUAUAACAUAGACUGCUAAACUCAUGAGCAGAUUUGCCUUAACUUAAAGGGGGUUAUCCCUAAAAAAAAUAAUCAUCACCGGCUAGGUGAUAAAUAUUGGCUUGCUGGGCGUCCAACUGAAUUCACUUCCUUGGGAUUAAAAAAAUGUCUUUUCUGUUGGUCAGAGCAAUUCUCUGUGCUAUAUUAAAUAAUACAACACCUCGCCUCACAUGAAUUUUCCAUCAAGGUUUUGUUCCUCUCCUAGAAUUUAUUUCUAAUUUGCUACUGGUCACAUUUAGGCCUCAUGCACAUAGCAGUGUCUGUAUUUCCAUCUGCAAACAACAGAUCCGCACCUUCCAUGUGCAUUCUGUGUCCCAUCAAUAGGAAGGGCUAUUCUUGUCUGCAAUAUGGACCAGAAUAGGAUAUGUUCUAUAUCCGCCAAAAAUGUGGAUAGCACACGGAUGAAGAAUAUGGUCAUGUGCAUGAAGCCUUAAAGGCCAUCUACACCGUUGGAGGCAACAUUUGUUUAUUUUACUCAUUUUUGGUUAUAAAUCUCAAUUGGCCUUUCUUAAAAAUAUUGAGCUGUUCUGUCACAAAGGGUUAACUGUUGUUCUAGCUGUGUGCCUGGUACUUUCACUUUGUGUCUAAUACCCCUUUUCUAGAAAUUACUAAGAGGUCAUAAACACUUAUUUAAGCCACAUUCGUAUCAGUAAGAUAUGACCUGAGCUAUGAGUGUUUAUAAUGUCAGAGAGCAGAGAUAAGGAGCCGUCAGCUACUAGAUCAUCUCAGCUAUGUACAGAAUAUUUUAAAUAAAGACCUGAAAAAAUGAGCAUAAUGCAAUAAUAAAAAGAAAUUGUCCCCAAAGGUGUACAUAUCCUUAAUCGUAGAAGUGACGCUUUGCUUCUGUGCUGCCUAAUAUAGGGCUUUCUUUAUUUGCAAGAUUUGAUUUGUUGUCUUGUGGCUUAAUCUAUAGGCAACUCUUGACAUAAGGGGUUAUUAAAGUAGCAUUUUAGGAUCGGGGUAACACAGGGACAGUUGGGCGUGGUAAAAUUCUAGGUUACCUUUAUAGUCCCACCGCCUCCGUGUUUGUCUAUAGGUGACAGUAGCAAGUAGUCUAACAUGGAUGAGAUUCUUGCAAUGACUGCAAGUCGCUUGCAGUCUUUCACCUAUAGGAAAGCACAUGACAAUCACCACAACGUAGCCUUUCCAUAGCCAUACGAACCUAAUAUUUGUAUAGAUAUAUAGCAAUGGAAAUAUAAACGUGGACUGAAUGUCGCUGCUAACCGUAAGUUUAUCCUAGUAGUAUAAACUAGGUAUGGUACAUAGUAUAGCCAUGGGGAAGUAUUUUGGACAAGAUCUUAUCUCUUGUGUAGUACUUCUAUGUAUAUGUACUUGACUACAAUGUAUACUCAAAGCUCCAUCCAAUAUUCAGCAGUGACGUAGCUCCAAAGAGGACUUGACUUUUAAGAAUGAAAAAUGAUUCCCUGAUCCUAUUUCGGCCGCCCUUUGAAGUGUUCAGACUUCAUCUGACUCUAGGCGAUACUGGACGAGGCAUCUCUCGAGAUGGGGUCUUCCACAUCGUCCUAACUCUUUCUGCUAUGAUUGGACAGCGUCAGAGCAAUCCAGAAGACUCCAUCAGGAGAGAAGGGAUGUGGUUGCUACCCCCCGGGCAAAUCACACAAAAGGCUGAAUAAUCUGGGCGCUGGAUGGAAUUUGGUCAAGGAAUUAUUUUUCAUUAUUUGUCACCAGUUUUAUGGUGGGCAGCUUAUAGUAGUGACAGAUCCCCCUAGCAAAACGCUGGGUCACUUUCUCUAAUUGCUCGAGCUCUUUUGCUAAAAAGCUUCAGUGCAUGCUGACGAGCUCCCUUCUCUCGCCAUCCCUUGCUGCUGAUUUCACUUGGAAAAAAAUAUAUAUCAGCGGCCGGGAGAGGCAGGAGCUCAUGAAUAUUAGGACUCAUCUGCAUGUGCUGGAUCUGUUGGGACUUGACAGUUAUAGCGGCAUAAAACUGGUGACAGAUUCCCUUUAAAAGUCAUGACAGGUAGUCUUUAAAAGAUAACAUUUGAUGCCUGCAGCUACCACUAGAGGGAGCUUAGCAGCAUACUGUAUUAUUGAGUUCACUGUAUAACAGUAUGCGGUAAGCUCCCUCUAGUGGCAGCUGCAGGCUGUCAGAAACCUCUUGUUCAUGCAGGUAACGUGGAGCUCUAACCACUAUAAAGGAAUGUUAAGAAAUUAAUAAGUGUGGCAUAUUUUUUUUUUUUUUUUACCUAAAUCUACCUUUACUGCACCCAGUUUACUGUUUUGGAAAUGUUUUUUUGUUUUCAUAUUAUGCAUCAUUUAUGACAUUUUAUUUUACUCUUACAGAUAACAGCCACAGGGUAGAAACCAUACUAUAACAGUACAUGGUGCACAAAACCAUUAUCAUGUACAAAACGUAGACCGGUGGUGUACGCCGGUCUAUUAUAACCCCUUGCACUGCUGAAGGGUGUGACUAAUUUAUGGCGAGGCGUAAGUCUCAUCAUAGGUUAGGCCCAGCCUUCAGCACUCUAUGCGUCUGAACUUAAAUCUACUGCAGCUCCUGGCUUCUUCUAGGCUAGAAAACUGGCGUAAAACAAGAUAAUUGUGGUGAGCAUCUCACCCCCCACGAAGGUGGCGGAGAAAUGCCACUUGCGCAAACAUUUUCGCACCAGAAAACUGGGAGAAAUGUAUGAUAAAUCCGGCGCCAUGUCAUUGCCUUUUAUAUUUCUUAAUUUUAUCUUUUAAGCAGUAAAAUGCCAUUUUCACCUGUAAUUUCGAGAGGAAACAGAUUUCCUCAGUCUGGUAGGUCUGGUCACCUCUCUACUGUGCCUAAACCUCUCCUCUUGAGGCCAAUAUUUCUUGGUUAUUUCCUAUAGGAGUCUGUAGGUGCCUUCAUAACUAAUCUUAUAGUGAAUUAAACAUGCCGGGAAAUAAAGAGAAAUAACGAAGGGUGAGUUCUUAUCCAAAGCAUCUGACAGAUCUCAUUGCUUUAUAAUGAGCAGUGUGAACAGAGCACAAAGCUGCAUUCAAAUGGCCAUAAUACGGCUGUGUUCUGGAACACUAUAGUUAGCGUCAAGGCUAUAAUCCAGUCCAGACAGCAGGGAGACCUUACUGGAAAGGUUUCCUGGGAUGGAUCUAAUCCUGUUCUUGGCACCAAAUAUACUGCGUCAGUACAGAGCCAUAUUGCGCUUGUAUGAAUGCAACCGAAAGGGAAACGUUUGUUACAGAUUUCACCUUUAUGUAGUGCAGAGAGUGAAAUCCGCAGUGGGGUCACGCAGAAUAAAUUGACCUGAUUUGAUUUAAGUAUAAAAAGAUUUCUUAAAAUUUCAUCCAGCGCUGGUACGGUAAAAUGAUUGUGGACUUGACACACUCAAAUCCACAGUUUAUCCAUCCCAUUUGGAUGUACCCCAAAUCAUACAUUUUCAUUUAGAAACUGAAAAAAUGAUUCUCCAUUACUCUUCAUCACAUGGCACACGUAAUGUCUGUUUUUUGAGCCUAGGGCACAGUGAGUGGCCCUUGCUGAUUUACAGUGUAUGGCCCCAUGCAGUAUAUAGCUAAAUAUGAAAUAUCAGUAGACUUGAUGGCACAGUAGUCAUACAAUGAGGGCUAAGCAAUAAAUACAUGUUGGGACCCGUUCACACCGAUUUUGAAAAGGCAAAAAUCUGCAGUGUAUUCUGUGGCAGAAACCCCUUUGUAGAUUGUCAAUGUCAUGAACCUGCUUAGGGUUAAGCCCACCUGACUUGAGCAUCACCGCUGUUACCAGCAGCAUCUGUUCGGACACUGCUCCAAGUAAGUCGUGGCUAUGAAGUGCAGGGCGGCCUCCCACUGAAAACGAUGGGAGGCAAGUUUAGAGCUGCUGCGGAUUGUUGGAGCAGAAUUGGCACCAAAUUUUACCGGCAAAAAAUUCUCGUUGAAAGGAGGCUUAUGGAUUGUGGUAGCACUAUAUUAUAUACAGCAGUAGUCCCUUGCAUCCUACCACAGAAUACUUAUUACGUGUGUUAUUUAUGGCCACUCUGCUCAGGUAGGAUCUGCAUGAUAUUCAACAGGAUUUACUUGGUCUUACUCAGUAUAUCUGCUGCAAUAGAAAAUAGGAAGUAUCUGGACUAUGGGCGGUUGAUCAAUAGCUAAUGGUCUGUUCCAGUCCUGAACCACCACUGACCCAAUAUCAGACUUGAAUGUGAACUCUGCCAGCACAACAAUUCUGCAUGAUGAAGAACCUUCUGAAAGGAAAGCCCUGCUUGCAAUUAGAGGCAUACGGGGGUACACUAUGGGUCCAUAAACCUCUUUGGGAACUAUAUUACAGUGCUGUGUACUUCUGAACUUGUACAGAGUGUAAAUAUGGCCGUGUGCGUGAGGAUGGAAGACUAUCCAGUUUAUACCAAUGAUAGAUCAGAAUAUGAAGUAUGUAAUGACAGAAGGAAAGUUGUUGACCAAAAUGUUAAAGGGCAUCUGUCAGCAGAUUUGUACUAGGACACCGGCUGAGCGGUUACAUGUGCACUUGGCAGAUGAAGACAUCUGUGCUGGUCCCAUGUUCAUAUGUGUCCGCAUUGCUGAGAAACA